AUGAUUAGAUCGAAAUUAUCUUCCCUUAGAGAAUACCUUACCCCUAUAAACCACGCCUCUAACUUCGCCACCACAGGGGAAAUAUCACCAGAAGAGUUUGUUAAGGCUGGAGAUUAUCUAGUUUAUAAGUUUCCGACUUGGCAAUGGCUGUCUGCGCCGGAGAAAUUGAGGAAAGAUUUUUUGCCGGCAGAUAAGCAAUAUUUGAUAACUAAACAUGUACCAAGCCAUCAAAGAUGUGCGGAUUAUUUAGGGGUUGGAGCAGACGGAGAAGAUGAAGAAGAAGAGGAUGACGACGGAGAGGGAUGGGUAAAGUCGAAAAGUAUAAAGAGAAGCGUUGGAGAAGAAGAGUCAGGUAGUGCGACCGAGACGAAAAAUGAAGUUGAAGCCACUGAACCCAGCAAGGAUGUUGAUGAUAUAGAUGAUCUUGUAGAAGUAGAUGCUGAAGGGGAUGAUGAGGAAGGAGAUUCUGAGUAUGAGAACGAUGGAUUUCUGGAGUUUAUUGAAGGAGGCGGGUCCCAAAACUCUUUGUUGCGUAAAUAUGACCUUUAUAUCACAUACUCGACUUCAUAUAGAGUGCCAAAGUUGUACCUCGUGGGGUUCAAUUCCAAUGGUAUUCCAUUAUUGCCCAAACAGAUGUUCGAAGAUAUAUCAGGGGAUUAUCGUGACAAGACUGCCACCAUAGAGAAUCUACCAGUAUCCUUUAACACCACCUCAGUAUCCAUUCAUCCAUGUAAACACUCAUCCGUCAUGAAAGUCCUAAUGGCCCACGUGAGACGGAGAAAUACCGUUGAAGAUGAGGAUGCCGAGAGUCCAGAAGAAGGUGAUACCAUUAGGGUUGACCAAUAUUUAAUCAUAUUUCUCAAGUUUAUAGCUAGUGUCACUCCUGGGAUUGAGUAUGACUAUACAAUGGAUGCAUUGUAA